AUGCCUUUGGAUUAUAGUAAAUGGGAUGCCCUCGAGCUGAGUGACGACUCGGACAUCGAAGUUCACCCAAACGUGGACAAACGCUCCUUUAUCCGUGCGAAGCAGAAUCAAAUCCACCAAGAACGUGAUCACCGCAAGCUCCAAAUCGCCACAUUUAAAUAUGAGCGCAUCAUCAAUGACGGUUUCCUCAAACGCAUUGAGGGGCUCCUCAAGGCUUUAGAAUCCCACAAGUCUGAGGCCGAAUCUCGCAGUGCCGAUGAAAUUAUAUUCCAAUCUCUUAUGGAAUCAGCAGAUCCAGACUAUGAUCAGCCUCCCGCAAGACCACAGGGUGUCCAUACGGAUGAGAAGGAGCUGCCUUCAUACUCCAAGAUGAUCGCCACCCUCAUCGACCAGGUUAAAGCCACAGUCGCCGAAAAGAAAGUGACCGACUCCGAGAAGCUACUCGCGUACCUAGAGGAAGUGAAGCAGCACAAAGCAAAAGUGGACGACCUGCAGCGCCAACUCAAUGAGAAACUCACGGAGCUCGAGCUCACCGAUAGAAACAAAAUUACCAGCGAAAGCAUACACACUGGCUUCGACUCCUCUUCCGUUAACAAAUCCAACCCUCCUCCACCCCCCUCAACAGCAAAGCCCUCUGCUGCGAAACCAAAAGGCAAGGCAGUUGAAGUCCUGAACCCACAAGCCCUUGACAAGACAACCAACCGAGAUUCCGGCGCAGACGCCGACGUCGACGAGCCUAUAACAGCAGCGCCAGGUGACUCCUCCGACGAUGAAGAUCACCACGCCACUGAAAUAGGCAAGAAAUUCGCAAGAAUCAAGAUGGGUGACUACCGCGCCUGCGUCAACUUCAUUGGCGAACAUCCAGAGGUGAUUGCCGAGCGCGAGACCGAUGGCCUCCUAAUCAUGGCGUUCGACGCCGAGCUUGCCGGCAAAUCCAGCGUGGCGCAACAGUGUGUCCACCAGGCGCUACUCUUGCAAUAUUGCAGGACGCUCGGAUGCGACGGUGUCGGCUUGUUCUUCAAGCGCAUCACGACGCCCGGGCACCAAGCACAGAAGGUCUUCACGGACGACGUAAAGGAUACGUACCUGCGCAUCCACAAGCGCGCGAAGGAGAUCCUAAAGGAGCGCGAGAAGGAAGAGGAGGCUGGAGGAGUGGAGCAGAUCCAGCUGCAUGCUGUGGAGCCUGGGACCGAGAUCAAGAUCUUCGUACCGCCGAAGGAGCUGCUUGAGUCAGCGGACGAGGAGGAGCGGAGGAGCCGCGAGAUCUUUGAGGCCUUCCCACCUGGACUGCAGCGUGCGCUGGAGAGCGCGAGUCUCGAUGAGGUCAAUAAGGUGCUGGGGAAGAUGAGUGUGGAUGAAGCUGAGGAGGUGGUGGGGCAGCUGAGUGAGGGGGGGAUGUUGAGUUUGGGGGAGCAGAUUAUUGAUACCACGACGGCGGAGGGGCAGGCCGAGUUGAAGAGGCUGGAGGAGGAGGAGAAGGAGUCGAAAGAGGAGAGGGAAAAGUUGGACAAGUAUGCUGGGGACCCGGAGUGAAUAGAAUGAACCAGGGAUUGUUGCGUGGGAUGACGACGAGUAGUCACUCGCUCUCAAGAACGCAUCUAGUACCUUAAAAUAAUGUAUUUACAUACCUAUAUUAUUUACCACUACUCGUCUUGUAAGUCGCAAAGAGAUUCGUUGGAGCAGCUCGUUUAAAUUAUCUACGG